AUGGAUGAACGCGACGGGGUCGAAUAUCCUGAACAACAAUCUCAACAUAGACAAUCAUUAGUGAAGAAGAAUAAGAGUGAAAUAAAACAAGAGAAAAAAAUGUCAAAAACUGAAAGCCGUUUUAAAUCUAAACUUGAAUCUUUAAAAAAACUUCAACAUUCAGCAUCAACAAAUAGUGCUGUUGAAAAAGCACGAGCAUUUUUUCGCUCGUUAGAACUUAAACAUCUAGGUGGAAGUAGUAAUCAUGAACAAUCAUCAUCAUCAACAUCAUCUCGUCGACGUGUUCCUACUACUACUACAACAACAACUACUAAUAACAAUAAUAAUAUUAAUUUAUCUUCAUCUGGAAAAUUUCCUCUUCCUUCUUCAAUGUCUUCAUCAAGUUCAUCGUCAAUUAUUGACGAUAGUCAUAAUACAAUGUCAAUAACGACGACAAAUGAUUCGUCGUUUAAUACAAAAAUUCCUGCUGAUGGUAUUGCAACAGCAAGACUUAUCCGAGUUAUUAAUCCAAAUUAUUCAAAUUCAAAUGAUAUGAUUAUAAAUCGAGUUCUAAAUAAUGAACAAAAUGAUCAUCAGUUACCAGCAUCACAUUUAAAUUUUCAACAUAUAUUAAUGGAUAAAAAUAUUCAAUUACCUAAACAAUAUUAUAAUGAACGAAGUCAAAGUUAUUCUGUAGCAAUGGAAAAACAUCGAGAAAUACAACAACCAAAAUACGAUUCCCGUGCACUUUCGCCUACAGCUGCUAUAAAUGCUAAUAUAAUAUAUUCAAGUCAUAAUUAUCCAAAUACACCACCUUCAAAUCAUUCAAAUGUAAACAAUAGAAAUAUUGCAAAUAACCAAAUGUCAAGUUCAUUAUAUAAUUAUCGACCAUUAGUUUGUCGUCGUGGAGAAUCUCCAUCAUUAAUGUCAUCAUCAUUUCAUGAACAAUCACCACGUGUAGUAGAUUCUGUCAUUCGACCAAUACCUUCAUCAGCAUCAUCAUCAUCAAUGUCAACAUGGACACAAAGUGUUCGUCGUCUUAAUACAGAAUAUACAUCAACAAUAAAUGCUCUUCAACAAGCUAAAGAAUCUUUUCAUGGUCCAACAGAUAAAAUUUCUAAAUAUGCUAAUUUAGUUGCACGUGGAAUUAAUAAUCUUUCAAAUAAUGAAUCAAAAAAAUCCUUAGGUGUAACAUUUUGUUUAACAGCACCAAUAUCUCCAGAUUCUCCUUCAUUAUCACAUACAUUAACAAAUUCAGUUCAACAAAGCAAAACACUUCCAUCAAAUAUGUUUUGUAAACCUAAAAUAGUACGUCCAUUAGAUUUAAAUACAUUUAUUCCAUCAAUACCGUCAUUACCAAAAUUAGAAUCGAUUUCAUCUAAUAUUGAAAGAGAUAAUGAAAUUGAUUCAAUUGCUAAUAUUAUUAAAAAAUUUAAUAAUCUUAAUCCUACAUCAUCUUCAUUAAAAUCUUCGAUGUAUAUGGAUAAUAAUACUGAUUUAUUAUUAUCUCAGUUGAAUAAGGAACAACAAGAAAGUUUACCACAAAUAUUUAUGUUUGAUUCAGUUCAAAAUAAAAAGGAUCAAUCAAAUAUUUCUUCAUUAACAUCAUUAACUGAUAUUAAUCCUUCGUAUUCAAUUUCAACUCCUCGUGUUCAUUUUGAACCAUCAAUAACAACUUAUGAAAUAGAAGAUAUUCCAUAUGAAUCUCCACCAUCAUCUUUAACAACUUCCUCAUCUUCUACCUCUUCAUCAUCAUCAUCACCAUCAUCGUCAGCUUCAGAAGAUACAACUAGUAGUAGUUCAUCAACAUCAACUGAUGAAAAUCAAAUUUAUGAACAUACUGAAUCGGAUAAUAUUAUUCAAGAAGAAACAACAUAUACUAUUGAAACAUUUUAUAAAAGUUCAAAUAAUCAUAAUAAUCAUAUUAAUAAUAUUAACAAUAAUAACAAUAUUAUUAAUAAUAAUAAUACUAAUAAUAAUAAUAAAGUAAAUUCAUCACCAAUUAAUCAACAAGUUGUUGUUAUUCGAGAAAAUACAACGGAAGAACAAUUUAAUUUAGCACGAGAAAAACAUCAUCAUGAUAAAAUAUUAAAUCAUGAAAAACCAACAUCACAACGUACAUAUACAUUGAAUGAAACCGAAGUUCCACCAUUAACAACACCAUUAUUAACUUAUCUAAAUUCAACAUCUAAACAAACAGCACCAACGUCAUCCAUUUCAGAAAAACAACAAAAUCAUCAUCAUUCAAUUGAACCAUCAACACAAAUCACAAACGAUUUUACUUCGUAUGAUUAUCAUGAUGAAGAUGAUGCGACAAUUCAUGAUGUUAUUGCAGUCAAUCCUCAUACACACUCACCACCAUCUCAUUGUUUAAUUAGUAGUUCAUCAUCAACUAGUACAGCAUCAUCGGCUUCAACUGUUCUUCUUAGUAAUAAUAAUAUUAAUAUUCCUGUAGUAAUUUCAGACGUUACGAAAAAAAUAGCAGCUACAAAUGGUAAUCUAGUUAAAACUAAUAAUAAAUCUAUUUCACAACUGCCAAAACGUACAACCAACUUCACCACCGCUACGACAACAACAAUAACAGAAGCGGCUACAGCAACAAUAACAAACGCCCCUCGUUUAAAACAACCAUCAAAAAUCGUUUCACCGCCAAGUAAAUUAAAACCGCCCUCGACAACAAUUACAAAACCAUUAAAAUCGAUGAUUACUAAUAGCACAUCAUCAGUCACAACAACGAUGACCACACCAUCUAUACGAAAGCCAUCAACAAUAACGAAUCAAUCAUCAGUAAUAACGAACAAUACUGUCAACAAAACUACUCAACAACAGUCGUCGUUAUCAACAUUAGCAAUCGGAAAGAAACAGAAUUUAGUAAACGGUACUAAUAUGACUGAAUCACAAACUCCUACAGAUUCUUCAUGUUCGAUUGGCAAAAAUCGUGUACGAUCGAUGGUUAAUCAACUUAAUGCUGCAGUAUCAUCUACUCGUCCAGCUGCUCCAUCGAUCAUAUCUGUUAAACGUACAACACCAACUUGUCCAUCAACAGUUAAUUCUCGUCGACCAGGAUCAACAGAAUCAAUAAUAAACUCAACACCAUCAACUACUAAAACUACAAUAACAUCACCGAAUCGUCCAACACUUCAACGCGCAAUGACAAUUAAUAAUAAUAGUUCAGGAUCACCAUCAACAUCUUCAACAACAAAUAAUAAUAUUCCAUCAGCUUAUAAACGAAAAACUCCACUUAUUCGUUCAACAUCUAAUGUAAAAGAAGGUCUUCUUCGUUGGUGUCAAGUACAAGUUGCUGAUUAUCCUAAUGUAUCAGUAACAAAUCUUUCAUCAUCAUGGUCGGAUGGCCUUGCAUUUUGUGCUUUAACUCACCAUUUUUUUCCUGAUGCAUUUGAUUUCAAUAGUUUAUCAUCAACCAAUCGUAAAGAAAAUUUUGAACUUGCUUUUCGUACUGCGGAAGAACGAGCAGGUAUACCACGAUUACUUGAUGUUUCGGAUAUGCUUAUUAUGGGUAAUACACCUGAUUAUAAAUGUAUAUUUACUUAUCUUAAUUCAUUUUUGGCAAAAGUUAAAGAUAUUCAUCCAAUAACAAAUGGUAUUGAACAUAAUUAA